CUGGCCACCGUGCUCGUGCUGGGGCUGGGCAAGGCGCUCAGGGUGCUCAAGUUCCCGGACUUGGACAGGAACAUACCUCGGAAGACGUUUCCACUACCUCUUCUAUAUUUUGGGAACCAAAUCACAGGACUGUUCAGCACAAAGAAACUGAACUUGCCAAUGUUUACAGUUUUGCGAAGGUUUUCUAUUUUGUUUACCAUGUUUGCUGAAGGAAUUUUACUCAAAAAGAAAUUUUCUUGGGGCAUUCAGAUGACAGUAUUUGCAAUGAUAAUUGGUGCAUUUGUAGCUGCUAGUUCUGACUUGGCAUUUGAUCUGGAAGGAUAUAUUUUUAUCCUGGUCAAUGAUGUCUUAACAGCUGCAAAUGGUGCAUAUGUAAAACAGAAGCUGGAUUCAAAGGAGCUGGGAAAAUAUGGUCUGCUUUAUUACAAUGCACUGUUCAUGAUUCUUCCCACUUUGGCCAUUGCCUAUUUCACAGGAGAUGCGCAAAAGGCAAUGGAAUAUAAAGGCUGGGCAGAUACACUCUUCCUUAUACAGUUUACACUGUCGUGUGUAAUGGGGUUUAUUUUGAUGUACUCCACUGUUCUUUGCACUCAGUAUAAUUCUGCUCUCACAACUACAAUAGUUGGCUGUAUUAAGAACAUAUUAAUAACAUAUAUUGGAAUGUUUUUUGGAGGAGACUAUAUUUUUACAUGGACAAACUUCAUUGGGUUAAAUAUCAGUAUUGCUGGAAGCUUGGUGUAUUCCUACAUCACUUUUACGGAAGAACAGCUGAAUAAGCAGUCUGAAGCUAGCAUCAAGAUGGACAUUAAAGGAAAAAGCUCAGUAUAACCAGGGAAUUACUUACAAAAACCCCUUGGUUUUGAUUCACUGAUGAUUACUGGCGGUAGUAAAAAUUUGUCAAUGUAGGUAUAUUUGCAAAUGCAAAGUACCAACAUUAUUCCAUGACAAUCUAAAGACUGCAGCCUUUUACAAAUCUAUUUAAAAGAUUUAUAAUUGAUUGUACAUUAAAUACACAUCAGAUUAAUUUAGGCUAUGAGGAAAACAUUUUUUUAAUUUUUGCUGAAACCUGGCAGUAAAGCAGUGCAUCAAUGAUGACGUAGGAGUUCUGACUUCAGAGGGCUGUGUGAAAUGUACUCUGGAUGUUAUCGAGUAUAGUUUUGUCUUGUGGGAAGACUUCUACUCAUUCAGUUACGGUUUAGUUUGCACCUGAACUGCAAUGCAACUAAGCAGAUCAGCAGGCAGUCUUAAACAGUGUUGAAUAAGCUCUGCGCAGGGACACCAGUAAAAACGACUCUAUCCCCUUUAUGCUGUGUAAAAGGGACAGUGGUAUAAAGCAGCUUGCAAAGCCCCAGUCAGAGGGGACUCAUCAGUGCAGGCAUUGGGAGGACAGCCUCAAAGCUUUCUUCUUAGUAGCCCCUCAAACACAGAGGUACCAUAGGCAGGAGUUCGUAUGAACUCCCCCUCAAAGAAUUAGCCUUUGAAAUGUAGUCUGCCUAACUUCUUUGGAGGGGAGGAGUGUGUCCGUUCCUUGAAGCAGCUCAGAUCAGGGGGGUAUAAAGACUGUGUAAAGCUUUCAUAGCCUUUCCUCUUGGUCACAGAUUCUGGUGCUGUAUCACCUCACUCUUAGAAAAGAAUAGAGUAAUUGUUUAGCUUUAUAAGCUUUCACUAACCAUAAACCCUCUGUAGUCCCUGCAAAAGUCAUGAAAAGAUGAUUCAUGUGUUGGAGAGCUUGGUCUUCUUGUCAACAUCAAGCUUUCCAAAGUUGGGGGAAUUUCAUGAGCUAGAAGUGCAGAGGGACUGAAAUAUAACUUUUCUUUUGGUAGAGAAAAGAAUGACUUGCAUAUUAAAGGCUGGAGCCUGCUGAUCUUUUAAUAAAGGAAGCAGUUCUGCAAUACAUGCCAAUGUUUAGGCUUUGAACAUUCAACCAUGUUUUGACCAUUACUUUGUGAGGAUUUUGUAAUAGAUGCUUUCAUUUUAAAUUUUUUGAAGCCUCUCUUCAUCCUGCUCAGAUUCUAUGCUGGCCUCAAACAAGUUAGUGCUUGCAAAAUUGAGGUAAGGUAAGCAAUCUCGAGGAGAGAUUCAACAGUACUAGAGACGCAGCACUUUCAGAUUUAUGGAAUACCCUGGUGAACUGGCAAGGGCCUCCCUGAAAAUCAGUUUGAGUCAACUACUUGACCUGUCAAUCUUAGUCUGAGCAGCAUGGCAGGUUGCUGCUCAGCAGAGUAAGCUAGCCCGCACGGAGCUAGCUCUGUGCUGCUGUGGCUAGGUAACUUGUGGUACCUGAGGUAGCUUGUAAGAAGGUGGAUCAGGUGUCUGGACCACACUGGGCUGCAGUGUAGAUCUAGUCCUAGAAUUAUUUUGAGGUUGGUGCUGCAGUGGGAUCAUUCAAUUAAAGAAGCGGCCCAUCCUUUAGGCAUGUGAAUCACAAAAGCGGUUCCCACUAGCACCUGAAAUAAACCUGCUAGUAUCCCUGAGAUUUUGCAGAUCAGGCUGAACUUUUACUUUAAAAAUCAUGUGAAAGUCUGUCUAAGUCUUCUUUCUAAAAGUAAUGUUUUUGAGUGCUCUCUCAUCCCAAUACAAAGACAAAUAAGUUAACUUUUUAGUUCAGCAUAUUGAACAGUUAAAGCACUUAACACUUUAUGCAUGUUAAAAGUUAGUGAAAGGUCUGUAAAGUGUUGCCUAGAGUGAAUAUUUAACUCAUUACCUCUGUUCUUCUAGGCAAUGUCUGUUUUUUUUCCAUAAAAAAAGACAUUUAAUAUGUACCAUUGUAUGGUUGAUACAGUUCUAAUAUUUUAGCCCUGUGCAGAUUUUAUUCUGUAUCUGGCUUCUUGUUGAGUGCAGUUUUCCAGAAGUUAAGUACAGACUUUUAAUUUUGCAGUAUUAUUUUUUAAAUCUCUCCCUGUGAAUAUCUUCAGUGAAAUUUAUAUACUACUUCCCUUUCCCUUUAUUUUUACUUCUAUCCUUCAUUUUUUUAGAAGAGACUUUCAUAGGCACUUUUUUCUAGUUGCCUCUGAAAGGAUAUUUGGUAGAAAAUCCAACUGAGGUUGUAAGAAAUGCUGCACCUGUCAGAAUAUUUCAUAUGUAACCUCUCAGAAGUAAGAAUUCUUGUAGAUUUUUGUGCAAAAACAUUUAAUCAACAUAUGGAUAAAACCAUACAGUGUUUAUCUACUGUGUUUCCUUGGCAGCCUGCAUUGUUGGCUAGUCCUCCAUUUCAGAAUCUUUAAACAUAGCCUGCUUAGGUGGGUAUUUUUAAAUGAGCUAAACAUAUGCUGUUUAUAUAUUAAAGGAAGUGGAAGUCUGCAUUCAGUGCAAAUGAUACCCUGACUUGUCAAAGGCUUCCUGAAAUCAUGCAGUUAGUUCCUACUGUACUGUGAUGGCAUGACCUUAUGAGUCUCCUAAAGAAGAGCCAGUCCUGGGGAUGGCAGAGUUCGGUGAAGCUGCUUGUAAUUUUUUUUUAAAUCCCUCGGUCAGGGAGGUGGAAGAGGAGGAAUUAAUUAUGGGGGGAAAGUAAAUAAUCCAAAGUUGUGAUGAGUAUUCUUUUAAAUAAGCUAAACUUAGGAAGAAGCUACAACAAAAGGAUUUACCAGAUACAUAGUUUUCCCUUUUCUUGUGUACUAAGAAAAUCCAGUGUAAAAACUGGAAAACUUUAUCAUGACAGUCUUUCUUCCACAACAUGGAAGUCACUUGAACUACAUUUGGUUUUGAACUAUGUAACCUAUUUUUCCCCCUCAUUGAACCUAGGUGGUAAUUUGAGAGAUCUGGGAUUUUGGGUAGAUUUACUGCAGCUCUUGUAUCAAAGUUGGAGAAAGCUAAUAUUUCAGAACAAGGGUGUGAACUGUACACAGUAGGCAAAAAGACUGUAUGACACUUUCUCUUUGUCUGCUUUUUCAGUAGUCUUGCCUAUAGACAGCUGUUGGAUCAUGCACGUAACUGUAAAUUGUUUGCCUUUUCUACAUGCUGAUUUUAAAUUCAGCAGAUGAAAUUUCUCCUGUCUGUUAAAUCUUUGCUUUUCUUUGUGAGGGAGAAAAACCAAGAAACUGGUCAUUGUAAAUGGGUCACCAUGGAAGUGUUUUUAACUUGCACUGAAAACUUAUUCCAAGAUUAAUACUUUUGAUUUAGUUGAUCAUGCAAAUCAAAGUACUUGUUCUAAACCCUUUUUUUUAAUCUAGCAAGAUCAUGGCAGAAAACCUCUCUCUAGACCCUUUAUGCCAGGUUAAAGAUCAGAGCUGUGUAAAUGGAUCUUAAAAAUCCCUCUUCCAGUUGUGGUAGUAUUUAUUCCCCUAGUGCAGGCACCAAGGAAGAGAGCCACGAGUCUGCCUUUAGAUGUCCUCUUGCAAGUCUUGGCUUGGGGGCAGGUGUUAAGGUAGGACUACAGCACCAUCCCUUUAUGGCAAUUUCAUGAGUUGAAAUGGUCUGCAGAGACUUGGGGGGAGGGGUGCUACAACUUGGACAAAGCCCCAGAGCUUUCCAAAUUAUACCAGAACCUCAUGGCCAGGAAAAGGGAAGAUGCAGAGAAGGCUUAAAGUUGCCAUUUCAUCUCUUCCUUCUGUGCUUUACCUUAGAGAAGCAGCACAGAAUAUUGUUUCAAGUGAUUUAUUUUGAUUAACUUAAUGUGAUGUUUGACCAAAUCAUGGAAGUCUUUAGCCAAGCCUUCUAAUUCUUACCAGUAACUUAAACUGGAAUAUUUUCAUAUAGUUUUUAUUUUUGCUUAUCAUCAUGCUGGUCUGAAGCAUUUCAGUCAGGUGUUCAUUACUGAGAGAACUUCUACCUUUUUUUUUUUUUAAUCUACUGGUUAGAUUUAUUGUCCUGUAAAAUAUUUUUAAAGCUUACAUUGUUUGUAAACGUGCACAUUUUAGUGCCAAGAUCCAGAUGAUAUUGUAUACACUGGGAAGGUGAACAAAAUUCAUACAAUAGAGUAUUUUCUAUACUAUUAAUCUUACUCUAAAUAUGUUUUUCUAUAUAGAGUCUAUUUACAAAAAGACUGUUUAGUGUUCAAAGGAUGCUUUUGAUUUGAAUGUACUGCAGGCUUUAUAUCUAUUACAUCAUGAAUGAUAGCAGAAGGAAUCUUAUGUGCCUAUGUAUUUUUGUACUGGCUUUAAAUAAAUACUGUUUUUUCCUGAAACACUGGUGUUUUUUUCCU